GAGGCGUUGGAGAUGGCGGAGGUUUUCUUCGAUGGCACGUUCAGGCUGCGGGUGCUGGAGGAGGAGAAGUACAAGGACACUGAGAGACUGGCAGAAGAAGCUACCUCCUUCACGUCCAAGAUGGGACAAUUCCAAGACACGGUCCAGAAGCUGGUUGAGGGAAUGAAUCGCCAUGCAUCGAGAAUCGAAAGUGCGAAGUUGAAGGCCCUUGGCCAGCGCAACAGGGUUGAGAGCGAGAAGGAGUCGCGCAAGAUCAGAGCAGCAGAGCUUCAGUCUCAGAUCAACGAGAAGAGAGCGCAGCUGGAGAGGCUGCAGCAACAGCUCGCCUCUUUGCAGAAGGUGGACAAGGAGCAGCGGGCGAUCAUCGAGAAACUUGGCAACAAUGAGCCAUGAGAGGUCAUGGAUGAGAGAGGGUGAUUGUUGAAUUUCAUCCCCAAUCACAUGUUAAGUCCUUGCGUAUGUACAUUAUCUUGCUCUGGAAAAAUUACAAACUCUGAAUGUG